GUCACCUCCGACCCCGAACGCUAUGAGCAGCCCAUCAACGAGCCCUCGGGCCCGGUCACCAACGACUCCCUCGCAGCCGAGUCAGCCACCAAGGGCGGCGCCUACGCCCAGAACCGCGGGGCGCAGCCCAUGGGCGUCGACGGCAAGAACUCCACCGUCACCAACACCGACACCUCGAGCGCCCGCAAGAUUGACCCCAACCACCGCGACACCCAAGACAAGUACCCGGAGGCCCUAGGCGGCCAGGGCAACUUCCCUGGCGCCCAUCUCCCGGAGUCCGGCUACACUGGCGGCUCGACGGCCGCCAAGCAGGAGCUCGGCCUCAACAAGGGCGAGUACUCUGCUGCUGCUUCGGGGCAGCAGCACGGCAGCGGCUACCAAGGCGGCGUGGCCGGCGUGGCCCCCUCCUACGUCCACGACGUCCUCGAUAACCUGGGCAACACCAAGCCCAAGGGCACCAACCUCAAGGAGGGGGACAUCCCCGACGACGCCCCCAACGCCAGCUACACCACCGACAUCGGCAGCGAGAACGACCCCGGCCGUCUGGCGCAGGGUGGCUUCCAGCUGAAGUCGGCGGAGAGCGGGCCCGCCGGCACCCCCGCUGGCCGCCAGAAAGGCGUCGACAACCAGCAGCCGUUCCAGGCUCUGCAGUCCGACCAGCGCGCUUAG